AGAAAAGCAGUGAUAUACUAGAUGACUUGUUUGAUGAUGGCCUACUAUCAGAUGGUAAUUUUAAAGAUAUAUUUCUGUUAAAUAAUUUUAGGAGAGAUAUAGAAUAAUUGUGCACAUCAUGCUCUGAUUAACAUUCAAAGAUGAAAAGUUUCUGCUUUGAAUUUAACUUGUAUAGAAUUGAAAUAAAAUGAACAUUUUGAACUGUAAACUUAUUACUUAUGGUACAGGGGAGGCCUGCUUAAUGGGACACAUUCUCAAGGGAAUUUAUGUCUGAGAAAACAGCUGCCCAACUAUAAAAAAUUUCCAUGCAGGGAAAAAUUACAUAAUUAAAUGAACUAGUUAUUAGGUAACAACAUUACUGUUAUAAUUUUUUUUUUUACAAAUGAUGAAUGAGAGUUGAAGACCGUUUUUCUAUUAGCACAUACAGUUUCUAUAUACAGUGGUAUUUACUUAUGUACACCGCCAUGGUAACUGCAUUGACUUCAACUAAAAGAAUAUAGUCUAGUUAAAUUACUUAAAUAUAGAACAACCUUCAUAUGCUAAUGAUAUCUACUCUCAAAUAAAUUUCUGGGCAUUGUGGUGUCAUCAUCUACAUUUUUAAUUUGUUUCCAAUUUUCUUUAUUGCACAGACUCCCCAAGAAGAAAAAAGAAUGCAUCAUUGGUAUGUUAGUUAACUGAAUGAUAUAUUGCUAAUUCACCUAGUUUUAUUAAAACAAAUGGUACCAAUAAAUCUUUGUGCAUGUAUAAGUUAAAUUCUUGUUAGAUAGAUGUGUUAAUUUGGUCUUUAAACUGUUUUGAUGGAGUUGUUUUCCUAAAUAGCAUUGGGAUUAUUAACAGACUUUAAAAAAGAAAUUACUAACUUAAAAACAGUCCAUUAUCUCCCCUUGGUUGCAGGUGCCUGCAAGACAGAGAGCUGUACCUUUAAAAGCAACAAAGCAAGGGUAAGUCAUUGUAUGUCAUAAAUUCUUUAACAAAAAUAUAAGCCAUACAACCUUUUAAUAUAAAAGUUUAUUUAUUGCGUAAUACAAUAAUAAUUGUGCUACACUCCCUGACUUAACAUUUUUUAAGUAGUUAAAUGUCCAAUGGAGAAUAGCCAUAACAAUGGAGAGUGACAAUCAUAAGAGAAACUCAUGAAGGCGUGUUGAUAGGGAGAGCUAGGUUGUGUUUGUAGAAUAUCAUCAAGGUACUCCCAGGACAGUGUUUAGAUGGGUAGUCAGGGAAAACGAAAUCAGAAAAGACCCAGAGAUCCCUUGUGCGGAGCAAGAGAGAAAAAUAUGCUGAAUGGUAACCAGGCCCAGGAGACACCUCUCACAAUAGACAGAAGUGGGGAUCUUUGGCCAUUGUCUCAGGCCCCAGUCUGUGCACAAGAACUGAAUAAAUACAUUCAAGUGCAUUAAUUAAAUUUAAAAAAUUAAUUUAGCCUUGAAUUUACUAAACCUAAGCUUGAACUUUUGUAAGUUCUCUAUUUUUCUAUUGCCAUUGAUGUUAUUUGGGAUCUAACUUUCUUUUGUUAGAGUAAAAGAUGACAACUUCUACAGCUCUUUGGCCGCCAUGACAGCAGAGAGUGAUGCUGUAUCUGACAUAUCUGAAGCAGAUGUAGACAAAGUGGCCCAUUCACUGGGGGUAAAUUAAUUUAAAAAUUAUUAAUUGAUGUAUGACCAGUUUUAUUUUGGCCCUUCAGCAGUGUAAAAUACACUGAAGUCACUGAAUGCUUUAUUCACAUGAAGAUCUUUUUUGAUCCUUUUUAUUUUGCAUACCUGUACAUUUAAGGCAUCAAAAUGUAAGCUAGUCCUAGACCUUGUGAAAAUAACUCGAUGCAAUCACAAAUAAUAAUUCUCUAGGUACGCAUGUAUGGUGUAAUGCUAAGCUCUAUAGCAGGCCUGCACAACUCAAAAUAUAAGGCGGGCAUUAAUACUUUAUGAAAACCUUGUGCGGGCCAAAUUACAAUAGGACAGGGGGAAAGCUAUUAAGAAAAUAAUAAAAAUAAAGAAUAUUUCGUUACUUCGCGGGUCACAAAGUGGGUGCUAGCAGGCCGCAUGAGGCCCGCAGGCCGUAUGUUGUGCAGGCCUGCUCUAUAGCAUGCAAAGUAAAAUACACAUGCGCUAAAUGAGAUUUUAAAAAUACUGCCAGUGUCGGUAACAUUUUCUUUUGAUUUAGAGAAAUAGUUGGUAUAAUAAAUAUGCGGUGUAAAAGGAGGUGGGACAUUAGAAUAUUAAUAUAGUUCAGGGGCAUGAAAAAAGUGUGUGGUGGCACACCUAAUAGGGUUUCUUAAAAGUGGAUUACUUGAAUGUAUGUUUUUUCAAGUAUUUUGUAGCAGAUGGGAAGUUCAUGCAUUGGCGUCACCAUUGUUGGGCAGGUUAUUUUUAGUAGAAUAACAAAGAUGCUGUCAAACUAACUUAAAAAGAUGUCUGUAAUGUUUGAUUACCUGCAGGGCUUGGACGACCUAGAUGCAGAUUUGUUUGGUGAUGCUCUCAGUAAGAAAACUGCCCCUGGACGACCUGGUGCUAAACCUACAACACCAAGACGAAUGCCCCCAAAAUCCAAGGGCAGCUCAUCACCAACAAGAGUGCAGGUUCUAACUUUUAACAUUUUGUUUUGAAAAUAAAAAAAUCAAUUAGAUUUUUUAUGUUUUUAUGGUUAGAGUUAUGUUAGUUUUAAAUUUACCAAUAAAUGCACAAAAGAUUUCUGUUAAACAGUCCCCAACUGGAACUGACCCGCCCCUUAGUCCACCAGGAAGUGGUAGAGCCAGUCUCAAGCGCAAGCCUGUAAAGCCUCCUUCCCCUGCGGCAACUCAGCCAAAUCCCACUUCACUACCCCAAACUCAACCAGAGCACAAACCUGGAACAGCACCCGGAAAAAUGAGUGGUCAGUUUUUUUUGACACUUUGUAACAGUUAGUAUGUUUAGGGUCUACUUCAGAAUUUACAUAAUUAAAAAUGAACUUUAUGGAUCUACUCAAUCAAUUAAAUAGAAUUUUGGGUUUAUAUAUUCUUAAAAAUUUACUUUACUAUAUUCUAUAAAACUCAAAUGUAAUAUUGUCUGUUUUAAAACUUAACUUAACUGUUAACAUGAAGACACCCAUCACUUGUACAAACACAACCAUCACUUGUUAAGUUUCAAACACAUCUAUCACUGGUUCACUUUCAAUCGCAUCUAUGACCACUUUACUGUUCAUGUUUUCUAUUUUUCAGAUCUGAGCCUGGCAAGUGAAAGUCUUGUGCCUGGCCAGAAAACAGUCCAGCGACCAGAGACGGCGCCUAAGAUAAAAAAGAAAUAUGAUUUUGGCGGUGAGUUCAAAUUUAAUUGUUUUAUUAGUGCAUUUAUGAAAGGGGAUAGUUGCUUUACUUAACUACUAUACACUUCUGAUGUCAAUUAUUUUUUUAGAUACAGUUUUAAAUAUGUAGGCCUACCAUAAUUGAAGUAAAAUACUCAUAAAUUUCAAAAUAUUACUAAAACUAAAUUAUUUGCAUGUAAGAAAAAGGGAUAAAAAGUAUAAGAUGAAUGCAUAAAAAUGUAUAAUUGUUGGUCAUCAAAAUUAAUUAAUGUACAAUUAGAGCCUCUAAACUGUAUCUUAAAUCUGUUUAAUUAAAAAAUUAGACUCAUUAAUACUAUUAAAUGCCCUGUCAGACUUUGAUCCAGAUGACCCCCUUGCUGGAGUUUUAUCAGACGAUGCAAAUGAUUUUUCUGAAAGUGACCGCCCUAAGUCAGCAACAAGGAAGCCUGUGAACUCCACUCAGACAGUGGCCAAAGCAGCAGACAGUCUUGUCAAACCUGUGGAGAAAGCCCCUUUACUUGGUGAACUUUCAUCCUGAAAUAGAUCUAAAUCCAUCCUAUUUAUCUAAGUAGCUCACCACCAAAUGUAACACAAAGUUGACAUUUCAUUUAGGAAACUAGAUCUAAAUCCAUCCUAUUUAUCUAAGUAGCUCACCACCAAAUGUAACACAAAGUUGACAUUUCAUUUAGGAAACUAUUUGAUUUGUGAUAUUUGGGAAUGGAAGUAUAGUUAAAUCAUUUCCAUUUGCCAUAACUUGUACACUCAUUUCAAGUGAUAUGUAAUAAUUUGACCAAGUGGACAAAGUGCAGGGCUGUAAGCAUGAAUUUUCCAAUAUGGUAGACCUAAUAACAGCUUUCUAUAGACCUACUCAUGGUAGACCUAAUAACAACUUUCUAUAGACCUACUCAUGGUAGACCUAAUAACAACUUUCUAUAGACCUACUCAUACCUUGAUACCAAUGGAUCCAAUUAGGUUAAGUGUAGAUCAAAUUGUCAUCUGCCAAUAAUUUUUAACAAAAUAACAUUUUGCUGUGCUGCAGAGUCCCCUAGGAGACGUAAUCUGAUGGACCGACCCCCAACAAGAAGUGGCAACGGUGCUGGUGAUAAUGGUGGCACUGAUGUCGGUGGGGAUGACAAACAUGACUAUGCAAAUAGCGGUGCAGGAAAAAAUGGUUAGUUCAUGAAAAUAUAUAUAUCUAAUCAAUAAUUUAACUUUUUCAGUUGAGUUAAUUUAUAUACAAUCUUAUUAGAUAUAUAUUGUAGAGAGUUCAACCUGGGUGGGAGACCCACAGUACGAUGGCGGACCAAUUACCUGACUGUCUCUCACGCAUAUCAAGUAUAGGAGCAAGUACCAAACAACUUACAAUAGGGGAAGGAGGAGUCGACUUUGACAUUUAAGGAUAAUUUAUGUGGGGACAGGGAAGACAUAGCCUGGAAACCAAGCCAACCGAAUGUACAUCACUAAGGGACAGUAUGGAUAUCACGAAUAAGUUAGAGUAAUGACUUUUUGUAGUUUGCUGUAAAUUGAGAAAUGUCCUUGCAGACCCUGGGUAGUGUUAGAUAAAUUAACAUUAAUAGAAAAAUUCUCAACUUGAUAGAUGCUAAUAGAUGGGCAGGGACACGGAAUUGACGUCCGGGGGUAAAAGAUCCGGUGGGGGAAUGUUUUCUUUAAUGAUGUAGCAAUUCAAUAACUGUGGGAUUCUAGUGGUGGGUAGUUUCUCGUAUGAUGAGGUCUAGAUAUAAGCUAGAGGUUUGGGGACAGUGGGGGAACAGUUGAGAUGUAGCAGUUGAGGGAGAACGGCCGAGAGCGAAGCUAGACAGGAGUGGAGUUGAGGACAGACGUGAGAAGACAGUAACGAGAUAGAGAGACAACAUGACAGUCAGAUUUAAGGUCUUAAAUGUGAACAGUAUAGCAGAUCAUUAAAGUAAAGUCUAACCAUCAUGGUGUUAUUACCUGAUUGCUGCAGUACAACAGAGACAGAGGGAACGAGAUUACCAUCCACAUAAAGUAGUUAGAGAACAGAGAAAGCCAAGGUUCUCUACAAUAUUCAUCAUUUUAAAUCUUGUCCAAUUUAGUUGGCUAACUUUUUAUUUAACUUUUAUUUUAGCCAGCAAAACCCAGCCUGGCAUAUUCAGUGAUUCUGAUAAUGAUUUAUUAGAUGGUCUUGGAUUGGAAGGAAAAGGAACUGCAUUUAUUCAGAAACAUAAAGCUGGUGAGAGAAACAAAUAUGUAUAACACACAUUUUUAAGCCUUAAAUGAUUUUUAAAAAAAUAUUAUCAAUAAAAGUCCAAAUUAUUAUUUUUUGUGGUAUUAGGUGCAGGAAUUUUUGUGUAUAUUCUUUUCAAUCUUCAAGUUAAGAUUAUAUUUUAUUAUUAAAAUUAUACAAUGGUUUAAAAACUCUCCUUCCAUCUUUUUUCCCCCAUUUAUAUUUAUAGUUUUUAUGACAAACAAAAACAAUUUUUAGAAAUGUAAUAUUAAUGUUUAUAAGGUAUUGAGUUGAUCUAUAAUCUAAGGUUUUUGUUUUUGCAGGAGGAGGUGAGGAAUUGCGUCCAGCCAGAUCUGUGUUCGACAGCCUCCUUGGCAAGGGUCCUGGAGCGGCCAGCACCCUCCUGGAACCGAAAGAAAAGAAGCCAUUUGUCCUAGAUAGUAAAUACAAUGGCUCUUUGGCUGGUAACUAUAAAUGUUAACUUUUCAUUUUAACAGUAACCAGUUACUUUGACAGUGAAGGAAAUAAGCAAAACAAAAAUGUGGGAAAGCCUGAAAAAAGGAUGCAACAAAAUAACUACUUUAGUUUUGUUGCAUUUCAGGUUUUCCCAUACCUCGUUUCACUUAUUUCCUUCUACCUAACCUGAUGACAGUCUCUGCCCUUGUUACCAUAUUUUGACAAUAAGUUUUGGGCUCGGUUAGGGCUAUGAGGAGGGUAGGUAGGAAUAAUUCCAUCAAGAGAGUUGAACUUUUUUCACACAAGCUUCACCACAAAUUGUAAAUUUUUUGGACUGAAGUUUUUAAAAGCUGCAACACAAACAUUAGCCACUUACCCUCGUCCCCUACCACCAUCUACCAUCAAAACUGUUUUAAGAAUUUUCAAGUAAGAUAAUCAAAAGUAACCAUGUUUUUAAAUUAAUCUUUAUAUUUUUGCCCUGAUGGAUUGCUUAUUUAUUUUAGGUGGCAAUGAAACUAAAGAAGAAGAGGAUGAUUUCUUUUUUGGAAAUUACCAGCCUUCUGCAGCCUCAGGGUCAAGGCCAAACUCCCGCAGAUCAGUCAGGUAAACCCAUAUAUUAAUGAAGACUUUUUCUGAUUCAAGACAGACUAACUGGUUAACACUGUUUGGUAAUCUAAUGUGAAACAAAGUUUAAAGUAUAAUAAGACUCAACUCAGCCAAAAUCUUGUGCAAUGUGAAAUUAUAAUUUGAAAAAUGUGUUAAAAUUAAAGCUGCCCAUUGACAGCAGGACAGUCUAUGGAUGCUUAUCCAAAGUUGUCCAUUGAGAGCAGGACAGUCUAUCGAUGCUUAUCCAAAAAAUGCUAGUAUUGGUUUAUCUCUUUAAACAGGGAGAAGAAAUAAAUACAUCUUGAUUUUUUAGAAGAUGUAAAAAUGUUACUUUGUGCUAGGAAUGCUACAAUAAUACCAAAAACAGGAAUUCUGUUCAUAGUGUAAAAUCUUAUUAUCUCUAAAUUGCCUUCUAAACUUUUAUCCCUUCUAGAUUUCAGGACGAUGAUGACAUAUUUGGUAUUGACAGUCGUCCAUCCCCGCGAACAAAAUCACCUGGGUCAAGGGCCAAACCCCCACCGGAUAUGGAAUGGCUCGAACUCGCCGCCAACACACCUCCUGCAACAACUGCCACAUCGAUGCCAUCAUCACCACCCGUCACAGCCACCACAACAACCAGCGCGUCCACAAUGAACUCUGUGGUGACCAAACCUCCAACACCAGCGGCGGCCAGCAAACUUGACAGUCCCAGGAAAAGUGCGGCCAAAGAGGGAGCCGGUGCACCCCCUAAAAUUCCUGUGGCGAACACCACGCAGAGCCCAAAAGCCUGGUUAGGACUGCAAGAUUCUGAGUCAGAUGAUGAAUUGUUCAAGCCUAAGAAGUCAUCAGUGAGAAGUGCGUCCCUGCCUCAGAGCCCUGCCUUGUCUGCCCAAGCUUCACCCAGGAUAUUCCCCAAGAAACCCAAUAAAAGGGAUUCUUCCUCACCCAAGCCAUCACCUGCUGUGUCGGUCAGUAAGGAUGACACUGAGGAUGAUGACUGGCUCACUCGAGCAAGACAGAGGAGGCAGCAAAUGUUGGCCAAGGAGGAGGGAAAGUUAGCAGGAGAGGGAGGAAGUAGUCAGAUGCUGAGUGGACAAGAUAAAGUUGAUGGAGAUGUAGUAAAAGUGGACAUGUCCUCCACAGUGUAAGUGGGCAACAAUGCCUUUCAAUAUUUUAACAUUUAUUUAUGUUGAUGUGAUAAAUUUACUGUUAUAUUUCAAAGAUAUAACCUAGUCAAUAAACACUAUUGAUAUUUUAUUUAUAGUUUCAAGUUUUUUAUUGAUUACUGCAAGAUAAUAAAAUUAACUGCCAAAAUUGUAUGAAAUUUAAAUAUAAAGCUUUUUUUCCCCCUGUGUAUCAUUGGUUUAAAAUGUAUUUUUGUCAUUAGAAUGCUUGUGUACUGCGUUAAAUGAUCCAAUAAUUAUUUCAGGGCUGCUGUUGUCAAUAUGCCAGCAAGCAAUAAGUCUGAAAUUUCCAAUGAUGUAUUGUCUCCUGUACAAGGAAGGUAAUGGAAGAAUGUAUUAGUAUGAGCUUAGUUGCUUUGCUUUGUGUUGUUGCACAUAACAACAUUCACUGACAUAUCAGUUUGAAUGCAUUUUUUAAUGUUCUCUUAUGAUGGAGUGGAGAUUCCAAGACUAUUCAGGAAACUUUAAAAUGUACAGUCUACCUGUGUACAAAAAAUAUUGUGAAGCCAUAUCAAAAUCAGACAAAAUACAAAUUUAAUAUAUUUUUUCUGCAAACUCUCAUUCCUAAAAAAACAUAAGACCUGCAUUAAAGUGGAAUCCUAUGUAGAUAGGUUAUUGAAGAAAAAAGAAAUAAGAAAACUAUAGGGGUAAUCUGACAGGUCUGUUAACUAAACUGUCAGAAUGCAAAUUUGUUUUAAUCCUUCUCAUUUUGAAAGAUUAUAAAUAUUUUAUGGGUAUCUGUUGGUCUGUCUUCCCAUUGGAGAUAUUUAAAUUUAAAAUGGGCGUCUGUUUCUGACAGCAAUGACAUUUUUUUGUUACCAUCCAAAUAGAGCACCAACCUGGAAUUCACCAAGGACUCCACUUAGUAUCACAGUCAGUGGAGGACAACUUCAAGGUAAAUAACAUUUGUAUUACAUCUUUCCCAGUUUUUCUUUCAGGUUUCUCUCCAAGGGGGAGGGCCAGUAUCCCUCCUGAGAAAAAAUGUGUACCACAAUAAUGAGAAUAUGCAAUCUAUAUAAAAAAACUACUAAAUUGUCAUUUUAAAAAUUCUUUUGAUAAAAUUAGUGAAAUAGUAGAACCAAUAAAAUAUCACCAUGCUCAAUAUAUUUGUUGAUCCGAUAUAUUUAAGGCAAACCUAGAUACCUAUUCAGUAUUCAAUUAUAAAUAUUCUAUUAUCUUCUAAAAAUAGGCAGCUCCCUAUUGUAAGCAGCACCUCCACUUCUCCUUUGUUUUUCGCCAAUAUCAGUAUUUUUAUUACUGUUUAAUACCAGUGUUUAUUUCAGAUAUCUCUAAAGGGCCGGGGGGGGCAAGUCAGCUGCUCGUUCCACCCCUGGAGAAAAAAAAAGUGUUUAAAAAAAUUAUAAAUAUAAUUUAAAAGACAAAAAUGCAAUUGUAAUUUUUAUAACAUUUUUUUAAAGUUGCAAAUGUUCCUUUAGCCUAUUAAAAUGAGGGAAUUAUGGAACCUAUGAAAAAUUGCUAUGCUUAAUAUACUUGAUGUUGUAAGCAUUUAUUUUUUAUAACUGGUAUUUUUAUUGUUUUUUUGCAAAAUACCUAGUUUACUUACUAUUUCUUUACAAUAUAAGAUCAAAUUUUAAACUAGGGCCGGGUGUUAAUUGUAUAAUUUCAUCAUGCUAUAAAAUUGAGUUUUAAUAAUAUUCGCUAUAUAUAAACAAUUUAUAAAAGCUAUUUAAACCUUUUCUACAAAACAGUAUUUUUUCUCUGUUUGUAUCUGGUAUAACUUUGACAUUUUUAGGAAGGUAAUUAGUAUACUUGUUUCUGUCAAGGCCACCUUUUUGUAUGGAAAUUUAUUUUAAUAAAAAUCCAUUAAUUUCUUAAUAGGUUAAAAAAAAAAAUUAUUAAUAAUUAAACAGCAAUACUAUUUAGUUACAACUUAAAGUAUAUUAUUUGAAUAAACACAACAAGGUCAAGAUACACCCAUAUUAUGUUGCUCUCUGAUUAACAAAAUGUGUCACUUCAUUUUAAAUUUGUCUUAAAUUUUCUGUGAAAGGACUCAAUGACCCACUCCCUCCCCAGAGACUCUCCUUCCGCAUUCACUCGGUGAGCUUUCGACUGCAGCUUUACCACCCCCUCACCUCAUAUGCCAAUCAGUGUGAGAGCACGGGACAAAACUAAAUAGGGGCCAAACAUUUAAUUUUCUGUUGAAUUUUCCAGCAAGUAAGUCCCAAGUGCCACACGAUCCAAGUAUUUCCUCCGACCCAAGACUCAAGUUUUCUGCUGCCACUUUCAUGCAGGAGCAGGUAAAUCUGCAACAUUGCUAACCAAUCAAAUCAUUCAUGAAAUUGCAUCAAAAACAAAUUUAUCUGAAUUUUCUCUUAAUGAAGCAUAUUUUAUAUAAUUUAACAUCUAUUUAAAGUCAUCCUCCAAGAAUACAGAUAUCUUUUACAUGGUCUUCUUACUAUAUAGAGUAAUUGUCUCCUACUUCAAAAACUUAACAUUGACAAUAAUUGUUUUGAGAAAUUCAGUGUUCCUGUUUAGUAAGCUUGAUGUCUGUGUUCCUGUUAAGUAAGCUUGAUGUCUGUGUUCCUGUUUAGUAAGCUUGAUUUCUGUGUUCCUGUUAAGUAAGCUUGAUGUCUGUGUUCCUGUUUAGUAAGCUUGAUUUCUGUGUUCCUGUUAAGUAAGCUUGAUGUCUGUGUUCCUGUUUAGUAAGCUUGAUUUCUGUGUUCCUGUUUAGUAAGCUUGAUGUCUGUGUUCCUGUUUAGUAAGCUUGAUUUCUGUGUUCCUGUUUAGUAAGCUUGAUUUCUGUGUUCCUGUUUAGUAAGCUUGAUGUCUGUGUUCCUGUUUAGUAAGCUUGAUUUCUGUGUUCCUGUUUAGUAAGCUUGAUGUCUGUGUUCCUGUUUAGUAAGCUUGAUGUCUGUGUUCCUGUUAAGUAAGCUUGAUGUCUGUGUUCCUGUUUAGUAAGCUUGAUGUCACUCAGUGAUCCUGUUUAGUAGCUUGAUUUCAGUGGCCCUGUUUAGUAACCUUGAUUUCAGUGGCCCUGUUUAGUAAGCUUGAUGUCUGUGUUCCUGUUUAGUAAGCUUGAUGUCACUCAGUGUUCCUGUUUAGUAAGCUUGAUGUCACUCAGUGUUCCUGUUUAGUAAGCUUGAUGUCACUCAGUGUUCCUGUUUAGUAAGCUUGAUGUCAGUGUUCCUGUUUAGUAAGCUUGAUGUCAGUGUUCCUGUUUAGUAAGCUUGAUGUCAGUCAGUGUUCCUGUUUAGUAACCUUGAUGUCACUCAGUGUUCCUGUUUAGUAACCUUGAUGUCACUCAGUGUUCCUGUUUAGUAAGCUUGAUGUCAGUGUUCCUGUUUAGUAAGCUUGAUGUCACUCAGUGUUCCUGUUUAGUAACCUUGAUGUCACUCAGUGUUCCUGUUUAGUAAGCUUGAUGUCACUCUGUGUUCCUGUUUAGUAACCUUGAGUCACUCAGUGUUCCUGUUUAGUAGCUUGAUUUCACUUAAUUUUCUUUUGCAGAGUGAUACAGUACCUAAAAGACAACAGCUUUAUCAGCAUGAAGCGCAGCAGCAGCAAUUACAACAGCAAAAGCAAUUAGAGCAGCAAUUACAACAACUUGAGCAGAAACAAUUUCAGGCAGCGCAACUUCAACAAAUGCAGCCUCUGCCAUCACAACUCCAUCAGUUGCAAUACACACAGUUACAAGAACAAAAGAAAGCUGAGCUGCUCAGACAGCAGCAGGAACUUCAGCAGAUGUUGAGAAACACACAGAACCAAUUUGACUCUUUAGCUAGAGCACAGGUAGGAAGUUACUUGUUACUAGUUCAUUCACAGUGACACAGAUUGCUAGUGAGAUGGAGUGCUGAUGCAACAUGAUGGAGCAUAAUGAAUUUAUUUGUGCCAUGUGGAAAAGACAAUUGACUGGACUGGACCAUUGACUACUUAAGGACCGGAUCAUUGACUAGUUAAGGACCGGACCAUUGACUAGUUAAGGACCGGACCAUUGACUAGUUAAGGACCGGACCGUUGACUAGUUAAGGACUGGACCAUUGACUAGGUAAGGACUGGACCAUUGACUAGUUAAUAACCAGACCAUUGACCAUUUAAUAUACAACAUGAAAAAUGAAGGUCAUGAAUUUUAGAAAUGUAAUUUUGCAACACGCUUUAAAAACUCAACGUCCAGAUGUUGUUCAGAACUUUGUUUCAUGGCACUGCCCUUUUCCCAGGGAGAGAAUUAGAAGAGCAUCACUUAUGUGGCAUGAAUGGCGGCUAAUUGUUUUGUUCCAUUAAUUAGAAGCGAACGUGCUGAAUGAAAUGUUAAUUAUCCAUAGUAAGUUACGCCUGUUGUGUUCUUUAAGUCAAUUGUAAAGUUAUUUUCCAUUUCAGGUUGUCCCAUCUAGUCUCAGUAUACCAUCAUAUGCUCAAAUCACUUCUAACAUUGACUUACCAGAAUCUCUGUCAGAGGCUCAUGCAAAAGUAUGAUGAAUUGUAUUCAUAUUUAUUGAUUAUGUUCUAUCAUAUUUUAAUUAUUUAAAAGGAACUCUUAAUUUUAUAAAAUAAAAGUUUGUCAGAUGUUUUGGAGUAAGUCUUAAGAUAUGCAUUGAUAUUUAGUUUGUUUUAAAUGUAGAAAUUCUUAUUUAAAUUUCCAAUCAGACUCUAAAAGUUAUCACUAUGCUCAGGGUAUAGUGUGAGAUAAAAUUCUUGAUGAAAUUUUUUAUAUCUAUUUCUCUGUUUAUUUAGAUCAGGAAACUAGAGCUGGAGAAAAGUUACUCCGAGUCUCUCCUUGAGAGUUUAAAACGACGCUAUGAAGAAGAGAUGUCCGCCAUAGAGAACUCCUACAAGUGAGCAUUAUUAAAACUUGCUAUAAGUGGAGAUUUUGUUUUAUUUAUUUUAAAGGCUGUGUUUUAGAUUUAUAACACAUUAUUCUUCUGUUAGAUGGAGAUGAAAUGUGGCUUAAUUAAGCUGUGUCUGUGUGUGUAUGAGGAUGUUUUGUUGUAGAAUCAUAACAAAUCAAAGUUAAUAAAUUCAAGGAUUAAAAUCAGAUUUGUGAAGUCUGUAUUUAUAUUUUAUCAUUACAGCUGUGGUAGAUUUGAAAACUAUUUAUCUUACACAGUUUAUAAUUGAAUAAUUUGAAUUAAUAAAAAAAAAAUAUUUUUCAACACACUUUAACUAAAUACACAAUGCCAAAUUACUCACACUUGAACUAAAUAUACAAUUCCAAAUUCCUCAGGAAUAGACUCCAAAUUGUGGAGGAUUCCAACAGAAAGAAAGAAGCCAGGUGAGUAGGCUGCUUAAAACAAUUCUCAGUGAAGUUGAUAUUUAUUUAUGUUUUAAUUUAUUUCAACAAUUAUUUAUAUUUUAAGUAAACAUUGAUAUGGUGAUGCCACCGUUUAUUUUACUGUUAAUUUGAGAUUUCAAACCAGUACCUUGGAAAUUAUCUACAAUCAUUUAAUUAAUAAGAGAUGCGAUUCUUAUCAGGACUCCGCUGUUGACAGUUAUACAUAAAUAAAUAUAGAUGGUGUUGCAAAGGAUUUUAAGUUUCUUUUGAAAUUAUUUUUUUAACAGGUUGACUUUUAUUGUCUAUUUUAAACAAUAAUUUGUUUCCAGGUUGAGAGAGGAGAAUGAGGAAUUAAUGCAGCAACACCUGAACAAGGUCAGGCAACUAGAACAAGAGAAAAGUGAGGCCAGUAAUGUCCACUAUCGUAAAAUGGAGGACUUUGAGAGGGAGAAAGCUCAAGAUAUAGAGAAGCUAAAAGAACAACAUAGGUUAGUAUGGGGACAAUGUUUGUUUGGGGACAGCAAAAAUGAUUGGGGGGGGGGGGGGGAAUUAAUGUUUACGUUUUGCAACCAGUGUGCCGAGAGUUGCUGCAUAGUGUGCCGUGACAUUAGGAAUCCUAGUGUGCCGCUACAUUAGGGAACCUAUUGUGCCGCGACAUUAGGGAUCCUAGUGUAGGAGAACUGCAGAGUUUAACCAGAGAAAUAAGAACCGGGGCACCACAAGGCUGCGUUCUCUCCCCUGUGCUGUAUACAAUAUAUACCAAUGAUAUUCAAAGCUCAAGUGACACCAUUCCAAUCUUAAAAUUUGCUGAUGAUACCACCAUCGUUGGCUUAAUAUCUGAAGGACAAGGCUUAUACCGCAACUUAGUUACAAGCUCUAUCAAUUGGUGCGAUGAAAAUUUUCUCCAGCUGAAUGUCUCAAAAACAAAGGAAAUGGUUGUUGAUUUCAGGAGGGGGAACACCAGAUUACAGAUCUCAACAUAAAAAAUCAAAGUGUAGAAAAAAAAGUAGAGGCAUAUAAGUACUUAGGUGUCACCAUUAAUAAUAAGCUAACAUGGCAUGAUCACGGCCAAAUGCUGUAUAAGAAAUUCAACCAAAGACUGUUCUACCUCAAAAAACAGUACAAUUUCGGUGUAAACAAACAAGUCGUUAACUUAUUCUAGAGUUCAACAAUUAGAAGCCUUCUUAAUUUCAAUAUCACCUGCUGGUGUGGGAAUUCAACGUCUGAUAUUAAUCACCACAUAAACCGACUAAUCAAGAAAGCUAGGAACAUAACACAAACUAAACAUCCUUCACUUGAAGAACUAUUUGAAGAAAGAUGUUAUUGUAAAACUAAACACAUUUUGGAUGAUACAUCCCACCCUCUUCAUCACAGAUACUUAAGAUCGGCCCAUUUGAGACGAAUUCUUUCCAUCAAGAUGAUGACUGAAAGAUAUAAAAAUUCUUUUGUUCCCCUAUCUGUACGAAUUUACCAGCUUACUCCCCAUAAGUCACAAUUUUAAUGCGAACUAAAAAGUCCCUGAUAUGGCUAAAAGAACUCACUGAAAGGCUGCUAGUGAAAAAUUUAUUACAAAUGUCUUGUGUUCAAAUUGUUUUAUAAAUGUGCUGAAAAUGUACAAUGCAAUCAUAAAACAUUUCCAUUUAUUUGGAUCAAUAAAAGAAUCUUAUCUUAUCUUAUCUUAUCUUAUUAUGGCAAGCUCAACACUUUAAUCCAUGGGUGGGCAAACUACGGCCCGGCAACUGCUAUUAUGUGGUCCUCAAAGGCAUUUAGAAAUAUAAAAAGUACUUUGUUUUUAAGUUAUUUUGUUGAAUUUUACAGAAUUUCUUGUACCAUUAUGAUUGUUUUAACAUUUUUGAUCAACUUUCGUACUACUUUCUUUUUUUUUAAACAGUCCUUGACUUUUGUCUUUUGUCAUGUAAUGCUAAAAUGUGAAUUUACCGAUUUUAAUAGAGAGAAAUGUUUAUCGACAUGUAAAAAUUGGACAUAAUAUACAUGUUGCUGCCCAAUAGCUUUACAUUUGUCCAGACCUGUUUACCCUCAAACUCUUAAAAUCGUACAAUAUCAUCACAAAGUCAUUUAAUACGUUAUAUUCAUAGUAAAAAAAAACAUACAGUAUAUACAAUCUAUACACCUCAAAAUCGUACAUUGUACGCCAAAAUCGUAAGAGUAAACAGGUCUGUUUGUCAAUGCGGCCCUCCGCACAAAAAGUUUGCCCACCCCUGAUUUAAUCAAAUAAUUUUGAUAUAAUGGAACAGUUAAUAGGAGUUAAAAGUUUAUGACCAAAAUGCUUUGACCAAACGGGUGAUCGUCUCAGCUACUUGCCACUGAAAGCUGUGGAAAGAAUGAAACCAACAGAUUGAAGAAUACAUCACAGUCCUUGAAUUUGUAUAGGAGAUUGUUAUAGUGAGUGGUGAUUUCUUCAAAUGGUAAAGGAUUCCAUGGUGUAGGAGUGUUCGUUUUGCCUUGAUAUUUCUGAUGUGCAAUCAUAGUUAUACAAAAGAUUAUUAUUUUCAUAUGCAAAAUUACAAACUACUAAUGAUGUAUUUAUUGAGAAUCAUAAGUGGUCCAAAACAAAUUUCCUUUGAACUAAUGAGAUCAAUGAAUGUGUCGCAUGGGACAUUAAAAAGGAACACAAUAACCAGCACGAAAUGUUUUUACAGUCUGGUAAGAAAAUACGGGGUCAGAAAUAAAUAAUUAUUUCACACUGUAAUAUGCUUGUGUUCAUCUAAUAAGUUUGUUUUCCUUGUGUAAAGCUCUGACAAGAUAAUAAUUUCAGCUCAAAUAUGAUUUCAUUAAAUUUCUAAUCAAAUUUCUAAUUGUCUGAUCAAAACAAGCUCCACAAAGAUAAUCUCUAUGACUUACUUACUUGCAUAAAUGAGUACUUCAAUGAGCUAAUGAAGAAUUUCUAAUGAAGUAAAAGCUUCAAAUAAUUUAUUCUUAAGUAAGCAAAGUAACGAGGGUGAGAUCCCGAUGAGAAUUUUUACUGAGCUCCAAUAAGUUUAAGGGGCUCAACCCAAAAAUCGACUUUUGUUGAAUAAAAUCAGGCAAAGAUCUUAAUAAACGUACCAAACAAACCUGGUACCGUAACAAAUUACAAGAGAGUAUUGGAUUUGUCUUGACAACAUCUAGCAUUGAUCCAACAGAAAUACAGUGAGAUAAUAUGGAGUUAAAGAAUAGGAAAUAAAUCGAUAAUUAAAUGAUCUGCAUACUGUUCUACUUUGCAAAUUUCUAUUCAAUUUCUCAGUGAAUUUCUGGAAUUAAGGAAUGACGGUAAGCUGAAAUUAAAUGAAAUGAACUGAAGCAGUCGAGCAUUGAAGCAGUAUAAGGAGUUGGAGUUGCUUCAUUAGACAUCAAUGAAAUGUGAAACAUAUUUGCUCAGCGGGACAAGCUCAGGGUUCAAUUUUUUAAAUGUUUUAUUUGUGGUGUUAUGCGAAUUUCUGGGGAAGGCAAAGGUGUGCGGUGAGACUACAAAUGGUUGCAAGCACUGCUUUUGACCACAGUAAAACAUCAGUCAUAUAUUGGUCAGUGGUAACUCAGAACCGCCCUGGUAUAAUGGCUGACUGUGGCAGUAUAGGCCACUGACCACAGAAGUGACAAUUAUUUAUGUCGACCACUUUUUGUUUCAGAUUAUUAAUGUCAACACUGAAGAGAGAACAAGAUGAAGCCUUAGAGAGGCUUGCCAGGGCCAAGAACCAGGAAAUAAACAUGGUGGCCAGUGCGAAUGAUACGUCCAAGUAUGUUUGCUAUUCCUGUAGUUUGUCUAUAAUAUCUUUAAUAUGUCCAAUUAGAUCUAUUUGAUAUGAAUUUCCUAAAAGACAUACAGCAUUAUAUGAACAAAGCCCACCACCCAAAAUCCCAUUUCCUAAAAUCUCUAUGCUCUUGGUAACAUUGAUUUAACACUAGUUAAUAUUGAUUUAAGACUAGGUAACAUUGAUUUAACACUAGUUAAUAUUGAUUUAACACUAGGUAACAUUGAUUUAAUAUUAACCAAAUUUUUAUGAAAUAUUUUGCUUCCAUUCUCAUGUGGUCUUAUGUCAUCUUAUGUGGUCUUAUGUCAUUUUAUGUGGUCUUAUGUCAUCUUAUGUGGUCUUAUGUCAUCUUAUGUGGUCUUAUGUCAUCUUAUGUAGUCUUAUGUCCCCCCCCGUCCCGUCCCCCCCCCCAUCCCCCCCCCGGUCCGCCCAAGGCUAACUACUGGGGCAAUUCUCAGUACCCUAUUUUAAAUAUAUUUAAAAAAUAAUCCUUGGUCGGGUAUCUGGGCCCCUGAUGACGGCCCUACAAACAACCUUAUGUAAUAAUGAUCUUUGAGACAUCAUAAAAACUAUAACAUUUCUACUGAAAAUUUGAUAAUUUAAAAAAAUAAACAUAAAUGAAUUCAAACAAUCCCUGCAGCUGCAACUGAUUGUCUCAUAUGAGCCUACCGGGCAUCCUAAGUCGUCCUGACACAACUCUAUCAUUGUUAUUGAGAAAGAACCUCAAAAUGAUCUGUCCCUGAGUUUUUCGUAGAUGGCGUGAUUUUGCGUGAUUUCAUUGAAGAAAAAAGAUAUUUAAAAAAAUCUUUUUUGACUUUCAAUCUAUGUUCGCUUUUAUAUGGCGGAUAUUUUCUCUAGAAAGAGUUUGUCUUGCACAUGUUGCCUGUAGCUCAUAUUAUAGUACAAGUUAUGUGAUAAUAAUAAAAUGAUGAUUAUUUGAAAGAAGAACUUACACAAAAAUCCAAGGUAAUUUAAAAUAUUUUUUUAAUACAAUUUAUAUUAAUAGACUACACCAUUUUAAAUGAGUAAAACUUAAAGUUGUAAUAUAUACACAGUUUAAUUCUUUAAAAAAACAAAACAAAUUGUCACUCCCAUUUCUUAAAAAUUUGUCUGCUCUAUCAGAUAUCUGGUUACCCGGUAUUGUGGGUUGAUGGGUACCUAGGCAGCUUUUUUAACAUUUUUGACAGCCCUAGUUUUUUGUGCAUGCUAGGAGGACCCUAGAGCAGCGAUUCUCAACCUGUGGGUUGCUGCCCUUUUGGGGAUCGAAUGACCCUUACACAGGGGUCGCUUAAGACCAUCAGAAAACACAUAUUUAUAGAGUGGCAACGAAAAUAAUUUUAUGGUUAGGGGUCGCCACAUCAUGAAAAACUAUUAAAGGGUCGAGGCAUCAUGGAGGUUAAGAACCACUGCCCUAGAGAAAAUACAACAUUGGCUGUAAGUUCAAGUAAGACAGUUUAAGUAACCUCAUCCAAGUGAUUAUUUUCCUAAUGUCCAUAUGCUUGGUCACUUCAGAAGUUUGACAGCUGUGGUUGAACAGAUCCAGAGCAAUGCCAGAGAUCUGGGAGAACUGCAGCUGAAGGUGGACACCUGGAACAGACAAGGGCUGGAUCAGAGGGAAAUCUCACUCAAGUCAAAAGAUGAGCAGCUCAGAAGUAAGUGGACAUUGAACUUUGACCCCUUGAGUUAGCUGUAUAGACUAAUGUAAUCAAGGUCAUCUCAGCAAGUGGUACAGAUACCACAAACCUGACAAUGUGUUGGAAAAACUCCUCGGGUAGCAUAAUAAGCUCUCUCUUUUAGUCAUUCUUGAUUACUUUGUAUUCAGGGAAAUGAUAUAACCAUCACAGGGUUCUUAAUAUAGGUUAAAAAUCUAAUAUUUAGUGGUAAAAUUAUUGUGAUGUUGUCAACAUUUAGUGUGGUUCUAGUACAGUGGUUCUUAACCUGGGUUCGAUCGAACCCCAGGGGUUCAGUGAGUCAGUCUUAGGGGUUCGGCGGUUCAGAAAAAAAAGUCAUAUUUUAUUUUUCCUAUUAAGAAGGGUUCGGUGAAUGCGCAUAUGAAACUGGUGGGGUUCGGUACCUCCAAACAGGUUAAGAACCACAGGUCUAGUAGUUGAAUUAUUGAGAUGUUGUCCACAUUGAGUGUGUGUCUAGUAGUAGAAUUAUUGAGAUACUGUCACCAUUCUCUCGUUGAAUUGCAUGAGUUGAUGUUUAUUUGCGGCCACAAGUGCUAUGCCUCUAUUUGACUGACACAGCUGACCAGCAUUUUGAUGAUUUUUCCAGUGCUGCAAGAACGCUUGACCAGGCAGGAAGAGGAUAAUGAAAGGGAGAGGAAGAGACUGGAGGAGUUGAUAGCGAGGAUGGAGUCACAGUUGAGAGAACAAAGUCGAACUCUGGAUGAGGUUUGUUUCUUAGAUAAAAACUUGAUCAAUAUUUUUAUUUUAAUAUCAGGUGCAAAAAAAAACUAAAUGUUCUAAUUGUGACCAAGUGAGUCUUUAGCAUAAAAAUAUUUAAAAUCGAUGACAAACUUUAAGAGAAGGAAAACUGACAGCAAACCUCUGUCCUGCCUUGUGGCUACAAACUCAUGGUGUGCUGCCUUGUGGCUACAAACUCAUGGUGUGCUGCCUUGUGGCUACAAACUCAUGGUGUGCUGCCUUGUGGCUACAAACUCAUGGUGUGCUGCCUUGUGGCUACAAACUCAUGGUGUGCUGCCUUGUGGCUAAAAACUCAUGGUGUGCUGCCUUGUGGCUACAAACUCAUGGAUUAAGGUUAAUGGAAAAUAUCCCGAUGGAAAAACUCAGUGGAAACUCUUUAUCAACCAAAUGAGGUCCUCUUGGCACACCAGAUGUGAGGAGAGGGGGGAUUUGCUGACUGGGUACUAGCUUAUUCUCCAUGUAAAAAAAAACAUUUCAUUCUCAGACUUUGUGGUUUUGCAAUUUCCAGUGAAAACCAACCAUUGUCUCCUUCAGAUGGACUGAAGCCCUAAAAAAUAAAGGAUGCUGGAUCCAAACUGUCUCAAACCAAAUAGCCGGUGGUCUGGAGUUCAAUCCCCACCAAAGCACCCCAGGUGGAUGGGACUCGUUAGCCUUGGACGGCAACCCAUCUGAAGGCAAACUCUGAAUUUAAACCAGGAGCCAGAAUGAUCAACAAAUUGAUCAUGGGCCCCUCAAAUAUAAGAAGAAGAAGAAGAAAGAAUAAAUAAAACAAGUAGUGAAAUAAAACAAUAGAGAUCAUCAAAGAUUUGUUUAAUGAUACUUGCUAGAUGCCUUUGUUUGGUCAGACUCCAGCCCUGUCAUGGGGACGCUUCCUUUCCUAUAGAGCAACGCUGAGCUCAUUAUUUCCUCAUUUUAAUUAACUUGUUUGUUUUGUUGCAGGAACGAUGGAAGUUGAAACAAGACCAAACACGAGUAGAGGCCCAGCAACGAGCUUUAGAGGACGAGAAGCGCUUGUGGUUGGAACAACAGACAAGAGAGCGAAUGACUUUAGAUAGGUCUAGAGUAAGGGGACUUCAUAUUUUUAUACUUUGUGCCAUGGACUUUGAGAGCUUUUGGGCAGUUUGUGGUUUUGUGACCAUUUGUUUGAGUCUAGUGGAGUUUUAUAAAAAAAUAAUGUAAACAAGUAAACAUCAAAUUAAUCUGGAGUUACCUCUCAGAAAUUUACAAUUUAGUGAUGAGAAAAGAAACGAUUUAUUAGAUGCAUGUUAAUUUGGUUCUUUGGAUGAGUUUCAUUUUUUGAUGUGAUUUUUUAAUUUUUUUUUCAAAAAAUUGUAUUGUAAUUUAGUUUUAUCACAACACUAGUUAAUUUUAAAUACAGAAGCAUGACUUUAGUACCAGCUUAUUCAUUUGAAAUGUUGAAUUAAAAAAAUACUGAAUCGUUUUUAUCAGGAGAGCCACCUUGAAGAACAACGCAGCUCUAUAACACUGAUCAGUGAGGAACGCCGCCUGCUGGCGGGGGAGAGGGCAAAGUUUGAGAUUGAGCAAAAGACUGUAAGGGAAAAGUUGCAUCAAGACACCAUCAGGAAGAGCCAGGUAGAUGCUGUGACAUCAUCAGAUUUAUUUUAGCUUUUUUCUCUCAAUUAUACUAAGCAUUAAAAUAAAAAAAACAAACAAAUUAUAUGGAAUACUCGGUACUCUCCUACAAUUGUAUAAUGUGUAAAAAGAUCUUCAUUAUAUCUGUUAUUCAAUCAUUGAGAACUUUUGACUGCCCCAGAUUUUCCCCUGACAUAUCCCUUAAUGCAAUAAUUCUUAGCUCAUUUGACUUCUUGAGAUAGAUAAAUUAUUUGAAUUGAUAGUGCUGCUUUUUUGAGGACUACUUAAAAAUUCUGAAAAGUUCUUAUAAGACAUCUUAUUGACUUGGCUCAUUGAACAUUAUUAUUGGGGGGACAUACAAUAUUUUUAAAUAGUUUUAAUGGUAACAACAAAGACAAUAACAAUAAUAUUUUGGGUCUUUUAUUUUUGUUUAUACAGUCGAACUUGCUUAUCUCGACCUCGGUUCACUUGCCAACCCAGUUAUGUCGACAUUUUUAAAGUUUAACAGCCAAAUUCUCUCCUUGUCUUAGCAUUUUCUCCUUGGUUAUGUCGAUUCUUUUAUGUCGCCAAGCCCUGAUAUCUCGAGCACAAAAGGCAGCCAAAUUUGCCACUUAACGUCGGUUAUCUCGAUCCCACAACCGAUCACCAGCUUUUGAACUCUGCAAGGAGAAAUAGUAAACAAGAAGUUUUGCAUAAUUAAAAGUAAUUAUUUCUUUCUCAAAGUACAGGAGUGAAAGAAUCCUUAAGAUUAUGUUGUAAUGAUCAUCCUCCUCGUGUGUGCAAAACAGACCAUAAUAAGUUCAUUGUCACUCCUUUACUUAGACAAAGGAAACUAGAUCUCCAUAUGACCCAGGGACAUACUGGCAUUGAACGGUCAUUGGUUUAUGGUCUGUUUCCCGCAUCCGAAAAAUCUAUUGGCGCGCGCCGCUAUGUGAAGUACCUAAUAUUAUAGACCUAUUUGUUAAAAUAUAACUUACAAUUUUAUAACAUUCGUUAAUAGAAAGUAGGUCUACUAAGUAUGGGCCUAAGCCAGCUGUCCUAAAACUAAGACUAAAAUGAGUAUUUCACAAAUAAUAAAGUAAUUAUAAUAUUAAUAUUCUAAGCAUGUAAAGGAUAAAGUCUAAUCAGUCAGUCUAAAUCUAAUAGCCUACUAAGUAACCUAGACCUAGUCUACUCCUAAAACAUAUUAGGCUUAAGCUCUAUAGCCUAUUAAUUAUUAUUGACUUAAAUUAUUAAAGUAGGCAUAGCCUCAAAUGUAGGCUUAAUUUAGUGUAUUAGACUCACUCUUAUUUAUUAAAGCACAUCAUGUACAUAAAGAAAUUUCAAGCAAAUUUUAAUAUAUUGCCGCCAUAUUGGUUUUCUUUAUUUUGAUCAUCGGUUAUCUCGGACGCUUUUUGGCAAACCCCUAAGCCGUUGACAUAACCGGGGGCCGUUGACAUAACCGGGUUCUAUUGUAUAUGUUUUCAUGCUCAUUUAUCAAAUUUUUCAUAAGUUUGAAGAUUUUAUGAAUGUAAUUAAUUUACUAAAUCAUUUUUUUAUUUAAACAGGCAGAAGCAGAAUAUGAGGUCCUGAUGAGGACUAUUGCUGAAGAGAAGUCUCACCAGGCCAGCAGACUACGAGAGCUGCAGAGAGAGGAGGAGAGAAUAGUCAGUGAGAGGAGCAAACUUGAGAGGGAGAAAGCUCAGCUGGAAGUGGACCAGGAGAGGCUGGCCAAACAGGCACGUCAGAUACGUGAACAAUCAGAGGAAAUUGAUCGAGUCACAGAGGUAAUGUUAAUGUUGGGACUAAUUUUGGUACAGACAAGUUCUCCAUUGGUCCCUGGUUUCCAACUCAUGGGUCACGACCCCAAAUGGGAGCAUGAAGGGGUUGCUGUGGGGUUGCCGGCUUAAACAGUAAACUAACAGAAAUAAGGAAAUUAGAUUUUUAAAAAUUUUGUAAUGUAUAUAGAAUAUGAUCUAGUUCAGGGGUUGGCAAAUUGCUAUUAUGUGGCCCUCGAAGGCAUUUAGAAAUAAAAAAAGUACUUUGUUUUUAAGUUAUUUUGUUGAAUUUUACAGAAUUUUAUGUACCGUUAUGAUUGUUUUAACAUUUUUGAUCAACUUUCUAAUUUUCAAUUUCUUUCUAACAGUCCUUGACUUUUGUCAUGUUACGCUAACAUGUGAAUUCACCCAUUUUAAUAAAAAUAAAUGUUUAUCGUUAUGUAAAAAUUGGACAUGACAUACAUACGGCCCCCCAAUAGCUUUACAUUAGUUAAUGUGGCCCUCCGCACAAAAUGUUUGCCCACCCCUGAUCUAGUGUUUGCUGUCUGCCAUUAUGUAUGUCUAUGAUUACCUGAUCUAGUGUAUAAUGUCUGCCAUUAUUUAUGUCUAUGAUUGCCUGAUCUAGUGUAUAAUGUCUGCCAUUACGUAUGUCUAUGAUUGCCUGAUCUAGUGUAUAAUGUCUGCCAUUAUGUAUGUCUAUGAUUGCCUGAUCUAGUGUAUAAUGUCUGCCAUUAUGUAUGUCUAUGAUUGCCUGAUCUAGUGUAUAAUGUCUGCCAUUACGUAUGUCUAUGAUUGCCUGAUCUAGUGUAUAAUGUCUGCCAUUAUGUAUGUCUAAGAUUGCCUGAUCUAGUGUAUAGUGUCUGACAUUAUGUAUGUCUAAGAUUGCCUGAUCUAGUGUUAGUGUGUGAUAUCUGCCUUUAUGUAUGUCUAUGAUUGUCUGACCACUGUCCACAGGCAGCACGCAGAGCUCAGCAUGAAGGAGAGCAAGCCAUGGAUGAGGCCAUGCAAUACAAUUCUCAGAUGGAGAGAAGAGAAGGGGAAGUAGAGAAACAACUGAGUGGCUUAAAGCUUAUGGAAGAACACAUAACUCAGGUCAUUAUGGAAGUUCUAGCACAAGUGUCAAAUAAACAUAGUGGGAGUAAUUCUAACAACAUAGAACAUUUAACUGAGCAACUAUCAUAGAACAUUUAACUGGGCAACUAUCAUAGAACAUUUAACUGGGCAACUAUCAUAGAACAUUUAACUGGGCAACUAUCAUAGAACAUUUAACUGGGCAACUAUCAUAGAACAUUUAACUGGGCAACUAUCAUAGAACAUUUAACUGGGCAACUAUCAUAGAACAUUUAACUGGGCAACUAUCAUAGAACAUUUAACUGGGCAACUAUCAUAGAACAUUUAACUGGGCAACUAUCAUAGAACAUUUAACUGGGCAACUAUCAUAGAACAUUUAACUGGGCAACUAUCAUAGAACAUUUAACUGGGCAACUAUCAGUUGGAGACCAGAAAACAAAAGUACAUGCAACAUGACCAAACAAUAAUUAUGGAACAAAAUGAAAUAAGAGGCUGACUGCUUGAGCCUCACAAAGUUUAUUUUGUGUGACAUAACCAUUACUUGUUUAACUCUUAAUAUUUCACUCUUUAAGUGAGUUCCACAUAUACAUUGUUUUACACAAAAAUUAAGUAGUAGAAAAUAAAAAAAGCUGAAAUGAAACACUAUUUUCUGAACAUGGUGUAUCAUGUGAUGAUCUUUACACAAGUUUUGACUAUUGUUGAUAAAGUUAAAAAACGAGAUGUAUUUUUUUAAAAAUCAGGUGAAAAUUAAAUUCUUUUUAAAUAACAGGAGAAAUUACGUUUGGCCAGAGAAAAGAAAGAAGUGGAAAAUUUGAAAAAGUCUUCUCUCUGCACAAACUGCAGAUCUCCAGUCAAUGGCUUUGGAUCCGUGCCAGUUGUUCAUCAGAAUGGUCAGUUGUGGGGAGCAAAUCUUUUCCUUAACUUUGUAUGUAAUUUAGUUCAGAGCUUUGGGAUCUUUAGUACAGUAAUGGUCUAUAGAACUUAUUUAGUUCAGAGCUUGUCUUUAGCAAUUUGGGAUGUGUAUCUUUAGCACAGUAAUGAUCUAUAGAACGUAUUUAGUUCAGAGCUUUUCUUUAGCAAUUUGGGAUUUGCAUCUUUAGUACAGUAAUAAUCUAUAGAACUUAUUUAGUUCAGAGCUUGUCUUUAGCAAUCUGGGAUGUGCAUCUUUAGUACAGUAAUAAUCUAUAGAACUUAUUUAGUUCAGAGCUUGUCUUUAGCAAUCUGGGAUGUGCAUCUUUAGUACAGUAAUAAUCUAUAGAACUUAUUUAGUUCAGAGCUUGUCUUUAGCAAUCUGGGAUGUGCAUCUUUAGUACAGUAAUGAUCUAUAGAGCUUGCUGGCAAAUUUCUCAGGUUUCUAAAAAUGUAUCUAAUAUUAUUAUAUGAUGUAAACAUGUUCUUUUUGGAAAUGUUAGGUAGAAAAGGGUGAGGAUAACAUGAGGGCAAAUAAUGUGCAUUGGUCACAGAACAGGGUUAUGCCAAGAAAAUUUUUCUGUGGUGAAACUAAAUGAGCAAAUAUAGUUGUUAUUUAUUCCAGGUUUAUUAAUCCAUUUUGUAAUUGAAAAAACAACAAAAAGAAACAUUUAGCUAAAAUCAUACUUAUUUAUUUUUUUUAUUAAUCCAUUUAUUUUAUUGAAUUAAUCAUUUGUGAAAUUUGAUCAACUUAGUUUAGCUAUCUUUAUUUCAACACAUGUAAAGAGUGCUAAACUUAUUCUCUAUAUUGAGUAAAACAAGUCUUGACACCUUGUUAUGCAUUUUACUAUAGAAAUAAAACGUGUUACGAUCAUCUUCAUACUAAGAUAUUGUCAUGUUAUAAUCAUGUCGUACGUCUGUCCAUUUACUUGACAGGUUUCUACACUCCUCCUAUUAUUUCAACAAAUGGCCAUCCAAACGGUCACCUAGUUCUGAGCUCGUCCACUCAUCACCCCAGCGACAACCCACUUGGCCAAAUAGCUGCAUCAAUAGCUAGUGAUCGAGCUGUCCGUAUGUUGAAAAUACAAGCCAUCAAGGUAAUAUCAAUUAACAGUUGACUUUUUGUGUUUGUUUCAAAUUAUUUUUCUUGAAUCAUAUUUAUUAUUGUAACUACCUUUAUUAACAAACAAAAUUUUCAAGUUACUCGAGUCUGUGAACUUUGAACAAGACUUUCAUUACUAAAACAAAGAAUUAAAAAAAACGAAUACUUUGAACAAGUGUUUAGAACUGUUUGACCUGUAACAUUCUAGGUUGAUUAGCUUAAUUUGUCAUAUGCCUUUGCUAGCUUUAAGAAAUGAUUAUUUUAUUUUUUAGGACAAAGAGUUUUUAGAGGAAGAAAAUUUCUACUUAGAAAGUUUACGUCACACACCGUAUCAUUCUACAACCUCAAAAUCUUAGUCCACCAAAGUUUAUGUCACACACCGUAUCAUCCUACAACCUCAAAGUCUUAGGCCACCAAAGUUUACAUCACACAACCUCAAAGUCUUAGCAAACCUGAGAAACAUCUGAAAAGUUGCCUCAAAGGAAGAUGUUUCUUUACCAACGGGGGAUCAUCUUGGAGCAACUGUGUAACUCUGACAAAACAUUCCAGAUUUAAACAAAGAACAGUUACAACUCAAGUGUGAUGCAUCAGAUCAAGUGCCAAUGGCUAAUCUUAAAUUGUGUAGAAACAUUCAACACAAAAAUUAGCGUAACUGUAAAAUUAGCGUAACUGUAAAAUGAGCAUCUUGUUGCCUGUUAAACUUCAGUUAUUGGAAGUCAAUGGGUUAACAAUCAAUUUAUUCCUUGUGUCCAUUGAUCUUUGUUUUUCACAUAAACUAUGCCUUGAAAUGUUCAUAACAAACACAAGAUGAGUUGGAGAGUUCCAUGUCUGAUUCCUCAUACUUUGAACCUUUGUUUAUAUUGUCACAUCAUUUGAUUUAGCUGCAAUUAUUCAUACAAUCUCAUACAGCUACAUUUAUUCAUACAAUCUCAUACAGCUACAUUUAUUCAUACAAUCUCAUACAGCUACAUUUAUUCAUACAAUCUCAUAGAUAUAUUUAUUCAUACAAUCUCAUAGAUAUAUUUAUGCAUACAAUUUCAAACAGCUACAUUUAUUCAUACAAUCUCAUAGAUAUAUUUAUUAAAACAAUCUCAAACAGCUAUAUUUAUUCAUACAAUCUCAAACAGCUAUAUUUAUUCAUACAAUCUCAUACUCCUAUAUUUAUUCAUACAAUCUCUUACAGCUAUAUUUAUUCAUACAAUCUCUUACAGCUAUAUUUAUUCAUACAAUCUCAUUCAAGAGAUAAUUUAUUUUCAAUGAAAAUCUCCCAGAUGCCUAAUGAGAGGUGACCCAAUUAUUGUUCCAAUUUGUAUUUACAUUGCAAAUAGCAUGUUGGUGUUCUGUCACCAGGUUGUCUCCAGUAAGAUGUGGUUAUUUGUCAAGUCUUAUUAUCUUCUUUCAUUGUGAUUUUUCUAUACAGAAAUGGUAGGUUUACUUUUUAAUAAUGUAUCCAACAGUGUUGUUGUUUUUUUUUUAAAUAAGGUAACUGUCUACAAUCAUUCACCUUUCAGUCAGUAAUGUCUUUGUGUGUGAGGAUGACUUGUCAGCCAAAAAUGUUAAGUCUAAACAAAGUUAUUAUCCUAUCAUAGUUAAAUAUAAAUCUAUAUGUAUGUAUUGAUACCAUGUUAAGCCAAAAUAAAGCUGUGUUAGAUAUUAUAAGUUCUUAUAUUGUGCAACUACAUGUGUACAAAAUUAUAAUGAUAUAUUUAGUGCCUUCUGUGUAACUUUUUAUUUUAAAUCCAACGAAAGCCAAAACUUUUUGUACUGAAAUUAUAUUUGUAAGGGCAUGUAAAGAUAUUAUAUUGAGUAACAUCCAAUUUAAAUUAAUGUAAUUAUAUUUUCUACUUUUCUUUAUUCUUAACUUGAGAAAUCCAUUUUUGAUGGUAGUGUUUGGAUCAGUUAUGCCAACUGAGAGGUCUUUGCUGAGAUGAUUCAUUAAUCCAUGUUGCUAUGAAGGCAGAUGUAAGACAACCUUCAAAUUGUAUAGAUUUCAAGCAGUUUGAAUGAUCUCACAAAAUAAUCAUAAUGCAUGCACUAUUUUCAGUUGAUAAAUCAUCCUGUGGUGUGGGCUCUUUUGUUUCAUUGUAAAGUCUAUGAAAAAUGGAUUUCAUUAAGAAAGAGAUACCCAAAUUUUGUAUCAUUGUAUAGUCUAGAAAAAUGGAUUUCAUUAACAAUGUGAUACCAAUAUUUUGUAUCAUUGAUACAAUUAUAGCUUUACUACAUGUCUGUUCGUUGUGUGACAAUAAUAAUGAUAAAAUUUAUUGAUAAAAGGGCUGUAUUUUUAGGUAUAAAUUUUAAUCCUUAUGUACAUUGAUCACAUAAAUAUUGUUUUUUGUUAAGAAAUAUAUCAAUACAUUAUUUGUUAUAAUCAGCUUCAUCAAGCCAUUUGUAUAGAUACAUAUGUACAUUGACAUAACUGCUCAGUUGUAUCUCUGUUAGAUCCAUUCUAGAUGAUUCCCUGUAAAGCCCAGUUCACACAGUCUGCCCUACUUGUCAGUCUGUCCACCUAGUCAGUCUGUUCACCUAUCUGCCCACACAGUCAGUCUGUUCACCCAGCCUGUUUGUUCAUCCAGUCUGUCUGUGUAUGGAGUGGCCAGAUAAGAUUAAAUUGUUUUGCUUUUAUAACUAGUUUCCUGUAAACAUUGGUAAAUAUUUGGCUGGGUCGUUUCAGUUAAACUGUAUGGUGGCUUCCACUCCAGAUAUCCGACUCAGACUGCAGGUCAACAGCUCCUACCACCUUCUCAGGGUGCCUCUUAAGCCAUUCAGCGACAGACACAAUUUGUAGCAGAUAUUUGUUCAGUGCUGGACGAGCUGCCUAAUAAACUCCAACGGAUGGGCCCUGCCUGUGCAGCACUUGCAUUUUGUCAAGUGUUCAGUUGUCAUGGGAUAUUGCCCAUCAUAAGAUCUUACUUGCCUUCAUCACACUUCAUCACAAGACAUUGUACAUUGUACCCUCCCCCCAUCCAGUGUGGAUUGCUCAACUGUCCAAGCUAAGGAAAAACAAAGAACUGUUUUGUGAACAAAUCAAAUGCAGUCUUAUGGAGACGAGACUGAACAAUUCAAAUCAAAGGGAAGAACAUUUAGUUUAUUCAAAAUAGUGCAUCUAAUUUUAGCCCCCCCCACUACCACUCUCAACAUCCCCAUACAGCCUACUGACAUCAACACCCCUCCAGCCACCCCACCUGGAAUACAAUGGAAACAUCUAAAAAAAAUUCCCUGUUUGAAAGACACCCCCUCACCUCACUCGGCUGGUUGGCCACAAUCACCAGAUGGCGUGUGUGGUAUUUUAGACUUAUGAAAGCAACAAAGCCCCUAUAGAGAAAGACAAACCAAAAAUAAAAAUUACUGGACAAUUGCACAUCUUGUUUUAUCAUGUAGUUUUAUUGACAUUUAUGUAGCAUGUAAUGACAUCAUUGUCAG